UGUUUCGAUUCAUGAACGAACCAGCUUGGGCUGCUUUAUUCCCUGCGUGUGUUAUGCCUAAGGAGUAUUUAGAGAAACCGAGUUUUCAGCAACAAUGCAGAAUAUUUGUGGACGGUGAAGUUUGACUGGGCAGUUGGCACUGCCAGAGGCCAAGGGUUACCUCCGCCCUCUGAUUGAUGUCCUUCGGCGUGGGCAGGCUUCCCCAAGCACGUAUAGACCUCGCUAGCUCCGGCAUUACCAGCAGCGAAGACCUACUGCGCAAGCUCAUCACCAGGAGAAGACCUCCUCGCCGGUGCCCAGCAUGCCCGCCCGCUCCACCACCGCGCUCGCUUACCCUGAGCUCUACCCCAGCCCCAUCAAGAGCAAGGUUUUGAAGACCGAGAAGGAGAGAGCAUCGCCCACGUUCUCCUUGGGUGGGUGCAGCGACCCGGCCCUCUUGGGCAGCCAGGCACAGCCAACGGCAAGCGGAGGCGGUGCGGCUCAAGUGCAGGAACUUCGGCUCCCCAAGCGCAGACCUCUCCCAGGGAAGCACCACCAGUGCUCAAGCUACGGCUGCAAGCUGGCCUUCCACAGCAUGCAGGAGCUGAUGGACCACUUGAAAGUCCACUACCGACCCACGCAGUCACUGGAGGGGAAAACCUUCCGCUGUCCCACGCCGGGCUGCACGGAGACCUUCCCCAGCAUGCAGGACCUCAUGACCCACAUGAAGGUGCACUACAAGCCAAACCGCUACUUCAAGUGUGAGAACUGCAUGCUGCGCUUCCGAACGUACCGCUCCCUCUUCAAGCACCUGCACGUCUGCUCCGACAGCUCCAGCACUUCGUCUCCGGCUCCAAAUGCUGAGAAGCCCAUCCUACCUGCUACCUCUGGCCUGGAGAAGGACCCCCUGGCCAAGCCGCUGGAGGGGCUGCCCAAGCUCCAGGGCGUCAUCCGGCACAUGGAGAAAGAAGCCAUUCUCCCUAGCAUGGACACGGUCUCUGCCACGGCGCCAGCCUCCCUCCCCGCCAGCCUCUCUGGUCUGCAUGGCUCCCUGGAGUCCAUGCCCCUGGUCUCCCCGACCUCCCACCCCUUCCCUCUGCUGGAGCCCUCACUCUUCGGGGCGCCCUCCUUGACUCGGUUCUCAGGCCCGCCCCAUUCCUCGGUGCCGGGGCCUUUCCUGUCCUAUAUGCCCCCCUCGCCCUACAGCUUACCUCAGGCUUCAGUCCAGCAUCGUCUCAGGCCAUACCUGCCCAGCCAAGGUCUUCCUGUCUCCAACGCCGUGUGGAAGAAGAGUCAAGUUCCCUUCGCAGAUGUGAGUGUCAGCCCCCUCCUCCCAGGCUUCGGCUGGGGAGUGACUCCAGAGGUAGCACUCAGACACCAGGCCCCAGCAGGAGGCAGCCCCUGCCCCAAGGAGCCUCAGUCUUACUUUGGUUCUCACUUGGGCUGUUGUGGCACCCUGGGGUACCAUGAGAUGCUUUCGGGGAUGCCACACUUGCUCUUCCCCACCUGGGCCCUCUUGCAAGGAGGCCACUCCUCCAACAGCCGCAUCGUGUGGGAGCACACGCGAGGGCGCUACACCUGCAUGCAGUGCCCCUACUCCACCGCCUCGCGGGAGGAGAUGACGCUGCAUAUUGAGGAUCACCGCAAGAACCCGCCCCCGCCCAGCCGGCUGGAUGGCGAGAUGGAUUUCGGGGUGGGCCUUGCCUCCUUCCACUCGAAGCUCACGCCGGAGAUGGAGAACUCCCUGUACUCACAGCUCUGAUCCUUCUGCUCCUGCUUAGUCAAGUGAUUUUUUUUUUUUCCCCCCCCCGCUCCCCGAGGUGGGCAGGGAGCUGUGCACGGGACUCUAACGGGAGCUGGGAGUGGGGGGAACUAUGGCAGGACCCCCCCGCCCUCCACCCUGGGACUCUGGCAUGGCUCCUUCACCCCCGCCCCCCCAACUGUGUUCACGGCCCUUCCCACUCCAGCCCGGACUGCGUGCAGGCCCCUUGGUCCCCCACCGCAGCAUCUGGGGUGGUGGGGGGAGGGUCUGAGUUUGCUUUUCUUUGGAAGUUUGAUUCGAGGCCCCGAAGCCGGCGCGCCUCUCGCUCUCCUACAGGUCUCACUACUUCAGACACGGCUCUGCCGAGCCUGCGCGGGCUGCUCAGGAGUUAGCAGACUUCUUCUCCGGAAGGAGGUCUCUAAAUAAUAAAUGGGAACUGUACAGGAGC